UCGGGGUGCUCCGACAGACAGCCUGUGUCUUCCCAGCUCCAGACGGCCCACUGCACCCCGAGGUGCAUCUGUUCCCGAGCAGACCCUUCCCCCGUCCCCUACUGACUCGCUCAGAACCCUGCCACGACCCGCUUUCUAAGUGAUUUGCUACCCGGACGGGGACAUCAUCCUCACGACAUGGGCAAGAACAGGAGACGAUCCCCGGACUUCUGUUUUUCAUCUUGAUGAAUUAGUGUUGGCUAGCGCCGCGGGUUGCGAACGAGAUGCUAAAAUCCGUCGCUUUUUCGUAAGAGGAGUUAAGCACUAACAGGGUAUUCAUUCGCAGGGUAGAGAGAUAGAUGGCUUGGGCGUGAAAGGCUAGGCUCAAAACCAAAAUGUCAAAAGAAAAAGCAGCGAUGCAGACUUGAUGGCAAAGAGACAGAUGGAUCGAAGUUCAUUUCCUCCAAUGGCAAUGACUUCAGUGACCCGGUUUACAAAGAGAUCGCAAUGACAAAUGGUUGUAUCAACCGGAUGAGUAAGGAGGAACUCAGAGCUAAACUUUCAGAAUUUAAGCUUGAAACAAGAGGAGUCAAGGAUGUUCUAAAGAAGAGACUGAAAAACUAUUACAAGAAGCAGAAGUUGAUGCUGAAAGAGAGCUCCACUGUGGACAGUUACUAUGACUACAUUUGUAUUAUUGACUUUGAGGCUACUUGUGAAGAGGGGAACCCAGCUGAUUUUCUACAUGAAAUCAUUGAGUUUCCUGUUGUUCUGUUGAAUACACACACCUUAGAAAUCGAGGAUACGUUUCAGCAGUAUGUGAGGCCAGAGGUCAACACUCGGCUCUCAGAGUUCUGCGUUGGUCUCACUGGCAUCUCUCAGGAUCAGGUAGACAGAGCUGAUGCUUUCCCUCAGGUCCUGAAAAAAGUGAUUGAGUGGAUGAAAUCAAAGGAGUUGGGAACUAAGUACAAGUACUGCAUAUUAACAGACGGUUCCUGGGAUAUGAGUAAGUUCUUAAACAUCCAGUGCCAGCUCAGCAGACUCAAAUACCCUUCCUUUGCUAAAAAGUGGAUCAAUAUUCGGAAGUCAUACGGAAACUUUUAUAAGGUUCCCAGAAGCCAGACCAAACUAACAAUAAUGCUUGAAAAAUUAGGAAUGGAUUAUGAUGGGCGGCCUCACAGCGGUCUCGAUGACUCUAAGAACAUUGCUAGAAUAGCAGUUCGGAUGCUUCAGGAUGGAUGUGAACUUCGAAUCAAUGAAAAAAUACUUGGAGGACAACUGAUGAGUGUGUCCUCGUCCUUACCAGUAGAGGGCGCUCCAGCUCCACAGAUGCCACAUAGUAGAAAGUAACUGCAGUUUUGUCUGAUCAGUUGCUACAAAAGUAGCAGGCGAAUGAAUCUGAACUAAUGCAACCUUCAAGCACCUUAAACCUUCAAGAUCUUACCACAGUUACAGAUAGAUGGGUAUGUGUGCAGUCAUUUUGUGGGAGGACACACCAAUUUCUUUGUCACCAGCACUUUUGAUAUGAGCAGUAUUUGUUACACACAGUAACCACUCCCUGCUUAGAACUGAAUUUUAUAAUAUAAGGUGUCCAAGAUGUGUUCCACUGCUUUUAAGAUGGAAGUUUUAUCAGUACAUUCUUUAAAUGUCAUGUCUUAUUGAUAUUGAAAUUUAAAAUGAAUUUCUACAUUACCACCAUUAAAUUAAAUACAUUUUUUGAAAAUGUGGAAAGGAUUGAAAGGUAGUGUUUGCCCAUUGAAUUUUAAGUAAAAUGUGGUCCUUUUAAUUUUGUACGUUUGUAAGAGAAGUGAGGGGUUUGUUCCAAGAAUGCUGUGUGUGGGUACCAGAUUCUGCAAGUGUUCAAGUUCUGUAGUUCAAAUGGCAUAAUGUUUCUAUAAACCUAUACAUUCUCCCAUAUAUUUUAACCAUCUCUGGGUAGCUUAUACUUAAUAAACUAUAAAGAAAUGGUUGUAUCAUUUAGGGAAUAAAGACAAGGAAAAAAAAGCCUGCAAGUUGAUAUAGACACAGCCAUAGUGGGCCUUGCUACAUAGCGCAUGAGUAAGUUGCUCAGCCAGCAUGAGCUGCAAAGAAACCAAGAUCUGAGAUGGUGGAGGUGACAGUAGCUGUCCCCUGCAUCACCCCUCUGGACAGCAGCUGUCCCCCCUGCAUCACUUACUGUUGUCUGCUCACCAAAGUGCUUGCUGAGCAGCAAAUUCAGGUGUUUCUUCUUGGAACGUUUUUGGCAUAUCUGCGUAUAUCCUAUAUUCAAGCCUGGUAGUUGUUUCUAAAGGUGCCUACUUUGACAGCCCUGAACACACAUGACCCCCAGUUUGAUCCCCAGAACACAUAUGAUAGACUAAGAGAAUCAACUCAAAGAUGUCCCCCUGAUCCUCAGCAUGCACACCGCUGGAAUUGCACCCACAUCUUCACACACGCAUAUGUGUCUAAAACAAGCAAAAUUAAUAAAGAACUGGGACCAGUUUCAUACUAUAACUGGAAACCUUGUAAUAGGUCAUAGAAUUUAGUUAAAAAUCUAGUUACUGGAGGCUGGCAGGAUGGCCCAGUGGUUAAAAAAGUUCUUGCUUCUCUUAUAGAAGAUCCAAGUUCAAUUCCCAGAACCCACAUGGUGGCUCACAACCAUCUGUAAGUUUCAAAGAAUCCAACAGGCAA